ACCCCCCCCUCCAUUCCUUUCCAUCCUACUUCAAAACCCCAACCCUUCCGCCGGUCAACCUAACCAUACCCUGAUUCCCCCUCCAGAUCCAGAUCUAACAUGGAAGACGAUGAUGAAAUCCAGUCCCACCCUUCCCCUACUCCCAAUGGCAGGAUCACCGUCACCGUCGCCGCCGCCCCACCUCCUUCUUCCAACUGCCUUACCUUAGCUCUCCCCAUUCAGCACCACAAAACCCCCGGCUCCGGCGGUGGCCGUGAGGAUUGCUGGAGCGAGGGCGCCACUGCUGUUCUCAUCGACGCUUGGGGUGAAAGGUACUUGGAGCUCAGCCGCGGUAAUCUCAAGCAGAAACACUGGAAAGAUGUAGCUGACAUUGUUAGCAGCCGAGAGGAUUAUACUAAAACCCCCAAAACUGAUAUCCAGUGCAAGAAUCGGAUUGAUACUGUUAAGAAGAAGUACAAGAUUGAGAAGGCCAAGAUCGCCUCAGGUGGUGCUCCCAGUAAGUGGCGCUUUUUUGACAAGCUCGAUGAAUUGAUCGGCCCCACCGCUAAAAUUAACUCCUCCACUCCCUCCCCCGCCGAUCCUAAUAAUGCCUACCACAGGCUCCCUAUGGGGAUUCCUGUUGGGGUUAGAUCGUCUACUGUACCCCAGGACAGGUUUCAGCAGAAGCCAAAUCGAAAAAGGCCUCUUGUCGAUUCAGAUGAUGAGUCUGAACCGGAAAAUUCGUUGGAAUCUUCUGAUGGUUUGCCUCCUGAGAGUUAUAGGAGACCGAGGAUCCAGAGGCAAACCCCAAUCUUGAAUAAUGCUACUGCUGCUAGGCAUGGUAUGAUAAAUAAGAAAAGUGAGGGAGGAAAUGGAAGCAGCAACAAGGAGAGUAACUGGGGGAAUUCUAUGAGGGAGCUGACUCGGGCCAUUCUGAAAUUUGGAGAGGCCUAUGAGCAUGCGGAGACUGCAAAGCUGCAGCAGUUGGUCGAGAUGGAGAAGCAGAGGAUGAAGUUUGCCAAGGAGCUGGAGUUGCAGAGGAUGCAGUACUUCAUGAAGACACAGCUGGAGCUUUCGCAGCUAAAGAGUAGGAGGCCUGGGAACAACAAUAACCACCAUGGGAUUAACAAUAACAAUGAUGCCAAUAAUAAUAACAAUAGCGAUAGUAGUAAUUGAGAAUGUACCUACAACUAGGCUGUAUUUGUAGAUGUAGAAUUGGUUGUUUAAUGGGUUGAGUGAGACCCAUAUUGUUGAGGAGAAAUUGGUAUCUGCAUUUGUUAGGUUAAGUUAUUUCCUUUCUAUGUAAUAUUACCAUUGUGAAAUGUUCCUGAAAAUACUGGUUUGGUAAUAUAGUGUAGCGUUUAGGUUGAA